CGGUGACGUAGAGGCGUGAAUCGCGCGAGUGCGUAUAAACGCAGUAGCAGCAGCAGUGAUUGCAACAGUAAUAGCAACAGUGCCCGUCUCGGUUCCCGUUCGAUUCCCCCCGUUGAGGGAUGUGCGCGUCGCCGCGCGCUCCUCCCGUACUCGUCGUCGCGCGCGCCGCGACGCGAUAGCCCGCGCGCGGUGUAGUAUAUCGUAGUAUACAACACCGUGACCCACUUGUUGCGUCUAGGUUAUGGCGUUAUAAACAAAAAUAUGCUGCGCACAGACGCGUCCAGUCACACGACUGUUCACUCGUGAGCUGGUGGGCACAGGGCAUGGAGGCGGGCCCGGGCCUGAGCCUGUUCCAGGGCUCGGACAACAUACAGCUGAACGCGGCGAUGCAGGGCCACGAAGAGGAUGAGGAACAAGAGGAAAUCAAACGGCGCGACAAGGAGAUCCAAGAUCGCAUGAAGAAUAUAUUUGACGGUUUGGAGGACGAUGACGAUGCCAGUUCUAUUGAGAGUAGUUACUACCAGGACAGUGUCAAAGACACAGACCAUAUCAAUACAGCGAUCAACUCUAGCCUGCAAUUGGCAACACCUACCAUGGAACAGGUGGUGCAAUUACAGAAGGAUUUUGCUGUUAGCAAUAGCGUGGAGAAUCUGAACAAUUAUGAUCUCGAUGGGAUGACGAAUCACAGAUCAGAUUCCGACGUGGAUGGUGGUGGUAAUGGUGGUGGAAUAAUGCAGCCCAAUGCGACAAGCGAAUUUCACUUGCACAGACCAACGGGGACCCCGUUUGUCAACAACCGAUCGAACGACAGCAACAGUACUAUGCUGGAAACACCAUACGAAUUGACAAAACCCCCGAACGCUGGAUACACCCGUAAGAUGUAUCACAAGCAGGUCGAGGAGUGCACAUUCGGGGAGAAUUAUCCUUACAUCUACGAAACACCGUCGAGUCAUUAUAACACGCAUCCGAACAAGUACUCGAACAACGGUUUCGCGGACAGAUAUCAGAAUAAUGUACAAAGCAAGCAGACUCACGAGUUCGGAGGAGGCGACAACGCUACCUCGGAUCACAUGAACCACUGCUAUAAGACUAGUCCAAAUGGCAGACCAACGGACGACAAUGUAGCGUACAAAACUGCCGAAUACGACAGCAAAGAGCAACUGGAAGUGAUGUAUAUGGUGCGAACGAGGGAGAUUGAGCGUUUGACGGAGGAGCUGCAGCAGUUACAGAUAGAAAAAGAGGACGAGAAGAAUCAAUUGGACAGGAAAUUAAUGCUACUUCAAACGGAAGUUAGCAGAACGAACAUCUCAAAGAAUGAAGCGCAACAAGCUCUUGUUGAUGCUAAGGCUGAGAUAGCUAAUCUGCAAAUGCAAAUGGAGUCUCUGAAAGAAAAGAACGCGAUUUUGGAGAAGACAAAUCAAAAUGUGACAGAAGAAUUGAAUAUCGCGAGGGGCUCUGUUAUGGAUCUGCAACAGAAAAUUGCCGUAUUGGAAAGAGCACAGGCAUUGCAGACGAAUGACAAGAUGCACGAAAAAUUUCUAAAACAGGCACAAGAGAAACACGCGGUCGAAAUGAGAAAUAUGCAGACACAAAUAGACGUUCUCACAGACAAAUUAAACGCCAAGGAAACGUCAUAUGUCGCUCUUGAACAUAAAUUAGACGAUGUACGAAGAGCGCACGAGACUCUCAUGGUCGAAAAGGGAGAUAACAUGAAUCGACUGGCACAAGCGUUGGAGGAAAGUCAAACUCAAUGCCGCAAUCUUAUGGCCACGAAUAGUGCCCAGCAAGUGAUGCAAUUACAAGCGCAGGUGAAAAUGUUGAGUCAAGAAAAAGAAGAGUUGCACAAAAACAUAAACGAAUUACAGAACAAACUAGAAGUGGCUAAGAAUGACGUAGCGCAAUACGAUUCAUUGCUCGCUUUAGAAGACGAAUCUGAUUCGAUUAGACAGAUGAAAUUAGGUGAACUUCAUAAUAAAUUAAGGUCGAAACCUACUGACGACAUUAUGAAUAAAUUAAAGGGCGAACUACAGAGGUGCGUGGCUAAUCAAGCUUUAAAAAGAAAAGAAAUAAAUCGUUUGGAGAACACUUUGUCUCAACGAGAGAAAGAGUUAAGUAAAGCCAUGAUAGCGAGCGAGUCGUGUCGCCAGGAAGCAGCACGAUAUGCCAAACGAGUUAACGAAUUAGAACAAGAGCUGAAGUCUGUGUUAACAGAUCAGGCUAUGAAAGCGAAUGCUCAAAUACAAAAGUUGUCUGACCACUUGAACGACGUGAAGACAAAAUAUGAAUUGUUACGCGACGAAAAAAUGAGCUUAGAACAAAAAUUGGAGGAAACUUUAGCUGUUAAUCAAGAAACACUGAAAAAAUUGCAUCAAGAGACUAUGGAACAACAAGAGAAAGAAACUAUCGAUGAGUAUAAUAAAGAAUACUUAGAAAUACAUGCUAAGGCCAUAGAGAGAGUAAAACAAGAAGCACAAGUGGAGAUAGUACAAUUAUCUGUACAACUAGAGCAAACGGAAAAAGAAUUAGAUCGUGUAAAAACAUUGUACAUAGACGUUUGCGGAACGAAAGAGCAAUUAAUAAACGAGCACAAGAAUGAGCUCAAAAUGUUAAAGAAUAAAUACGCUACGAUAGAAUCUCAUCAAAAGAAUGUAGAUAAAUUGGAAAGCGAACUGCAAAUACAAGUUAAACAAUGUAGUAAGCUAACCAACGAAUGUGAAUCUUUCAAGAAUAAAAUAAUCGAACUUGAGAAAAAUCUGGCUCAUGAAAGAAGAAAGAAGGAGGAUCAUACGAGAAGAAUACAUUCAGAGAUAGAGAGAGCAAAAGAAGAAGCGUUAAAUGAACUGAGAAAUGCGCACCCAAAUCAAGAAGUAAGCUUUCGCCUGCCGGAUCAUUGUUCUGAGCAUCUCGAGAAAAUUAAUCAACUACAAGAAGAUUGUAAACGUUUGGAAGAGAAACUUCAAAUCGCUAUGCAGGAGCAGAAAAAAUUAUCCGAAUAUCAAACUGAAUUGGACGAUGCUAAAUUAAAGAUAGCACAGGUGGAAAUUUCGCAAGAAUCCUGGAAGAAGAAAUACGAGAAUACAGUCAAUGAGAGGAACGAUCUCUUAGCUAAUAUUUCCAAAUUGAAUUUAGAAUUAUCGAAUCUGAAACGUACAGCAAAAUUGGAAGACUUGGAUGAUGUGAAGUUGAAAAUUACUCGUUUUCAAAUGGAGAAUGAAGCGCUGAAAAGUCGAUGCGACAGUCUGCUCGACGAAAAAAACACGUGUAGAGAAAAAAUCGGCGAACUGGAAACGGAAUUGUCCACCACGAAGAAGAAAAUCGGUAGCCUCGAAACUAGGAUACGAAAAAGCGGUGAUAUCUCAUUGAAUUCGAAAAGCGAAUUAGAAAAGGAGCUUUCUCAUUAUAAAGAUUUAGUCGCACAAUUGUCUAGGCUAAAUAAUUCGAAAGAAGGACAUAUGAACGGAUCGGUGCUGGAACAAAGGAUACAACAACUCGAGCAGGAUUUGUAUGACAAGAACGAGAAACUGAAUAGGCUGAAGGAUCUCGAGAAGAUUAAAGACGAACGAGACGAACUUGUCAUAAAGUUACGCGAUCAAGCUAAACAGUUUCAACAAUACGUAAAAAGUCAAAACCAAGUAUCAGAGUUGAAUCUGUCGCCUCGUAGCGUAACUGAUAGCGCGGAUCUUCAGAAAAUGAAAGAAACCACGGCGAAAGAAGUGCGAGAAGAAAUGGAACAAAAAGUAGUAAAGGAGCUAAGGGGGAUUGGAGAGCAACAUCUCGAGAAGAGAAAAGAAUUGGAGCAGAAAUACAAAACUCGAUUGUUAGAAUGGCAAACGAAGUAUAACGAGAAGGAUCAGGAUACGAAAACCCUACAGAAGGAGUUGAUAGCAGAGAAGAUGAAAAUCGGACAGAUUAGUCAAGUUAGUCAAACUAUGAAGAACAAACUGGAGAUCUGCAAUCGAGAACUACAGACGCGCAUCGAGAAGCUGGAAGAAGAUCUGAAACAAAAAGAGAACGAGAUCGAGGAAGAGAAAAACUUGAUGGCCCAAAUGAUAACUACAUGGGUCGACGAAAUUAAUAAAAUUAAAGCUAGAGAGAUAGAGAUGAACCAAGAGAUACAUAACCAGAAAUCUAAAGAGGAAGAGUUGGGUAACGAGAUUAAAACGCUGAAAGAUAAAGAGAAAAGCAUAAGGAGCGAUAUAGAUCUAUGGAAACAGAAAUAUCAAAGGGCGAAAAAAACUGCGUACAAGUAUAAGAAUUACGCCGAACAGAGGAAAAAUUUCUUGUCGGAUGAAUGCAAACGUAUCGAGAACGGAUACAAAAAGGCCAUAAAUCAAGUACAACAAAACUUUCAGGCGCGGGAGGAACGAUACGUCUCGAAAGUUAAAGAACUUGAACAUCAGUAUACAGAAAGAAUGGAACAAAUGCGACUUACACUAGUACAAAAAUAAAUGUUAAAGUACGUACUAAGUAUUCUCUCAGUAUGCAAUAUAGUUUUUUUCUUCUUGGCGUAAGAAACGGUAAAGUGUAGUUACAGAGGCUAGGUAUUUUCUUUAAUUUAAAGCACUAUAUUGUACAACAUCUUAAUAUAACAGAGAUUUUGCGCGUUAGGGACCAAUAUAUACGUAGACAAAAUUCAUAUAUCAGUAGAAUUAUUAUUACCACGUUCGCCGGCUUCGAUUUUCGUCGAAGUAGCAGGACGUGAAUAUAGUUUUAUAGUUAAACGUCUGAAGUACAAGUAUUUGAUUAAUCAUCAUCCGAGCAUUCUAACUGGAUAGGAAGAUUUAUACAUAUUGUUAGUUGAUACGACGAAUGCAAUUAGGGCUGUAAAAAAGGAAGAAUAGGAAGAAAUCGCUAUAAUGUUAUAUCGUAAUUUUAUAACGCAUCUGUAAUUUAUAAAGCGAAAAGAGAUACAAUGUAAACUCAUGAACAAAAGAAGAAAAGCUUUAGUUACGUUUUUCUACCAUGCAUUAUGACAUAAUAUGAUAUUGCAAGACUGGAUCUUUAUUGGAUCUUUCUCUCUUUUUUUCGCUCAUGAAGUUAGAGUAGAGAGAGUUUUAAAACAUAGAUUUUAAGAGAAACUUUAAUCCUCCUUGCCUCUUCUAUACGUCAAACAAAAAAACUAUUCCGACAUAAGUCAUUGCUAACAAUGUUUACUUUUUGAGUAUUAGGCGUCUAUUUACAUUUUAUACAUACGUCACGCUAAGAUAAUCUCUAUCAAGAUUGUUCAAAAUGCGACUCUUUUACAAUAUGGAAACUUGCUCUACUCGUAACAAUUUUUAUAUAACUGGACGAAAUCUCUAAAUUGUAUUACAAAUUUUUAAUAUGUUAGGCAGCAGGACUGAGUAGCGAAGAUCUGCGUUAUACUUUAGGUGUGUAUAUUUAAGUAAUUAUAAUUGCUCUCUCUCGGACGUUUAAAGUAUCCAAAGGUGUUCAGUAUCAUCUCUUUUCUUAGAAGAUUUUACGUGAAGCACCUCUAAUCAAAUGAAACAAGAUGUCAUAAUUCGUCUCUCAAUUUUUACUUUGCUUAUUUCUUAUGAUAUUGUGUGCAAUCUCCAAUCGCCAAUUAUAAGAAACUUAUCGAUAUCGGCAAAUCGCGAAGUAUAAUAUAAAUUAAAUGCGCCUGUAUAUCUAGAAUUUUGGUAAGAAUGUUCGACAUAAUGAUACAUCGCGCGUGUCGUACGUUUAAAUAAGUAAUUAUUAACUUACCAGUGUCACUGGAUAUAGAGAGUAUUAUUAAUAUUAAUUAGUUAUGUAUUUUUGUAUGUAGAGUCAUUAAUUUAUUUUUUUGUAAUAAAGAAUUUUAUGUCUCUGUCGAAAUA